CUCACUUUUAUAAAUAUAUAGCAACACAACAAAUAUAGUCAAAAUUCGAAAGAGGAACAUAUAUAUAGAACCGAUCUGAACAAACGAUGGAGAAGCUAAGCAAGGCGAAAAAGGUGGCGCGGGAAGAGAAGCAGCGCGACCAAAAGUUGGAGGAGUUGGUCAUGAAAUCCCUGGAGGAGUGCCCCUCCACCGAGGAGAAGGUGAAACUGCUACUUCAACGUCAUGUGGACAGCGAGAAGAACGUGAGCCGGUUAACAUCCGAACUUCGCGUCUUGCAACGCCACAUGGAAUCCCAACAGCGGGAGAAGGAGCAAGUCCAACGUGAUCUCAACAAGAGCGUCCUCAUGAGGGACAAACUUCAGGAGGUCUGCCGCGAACAGCAGCGCAUUAUAAAAUCCGUGAAAAAUGAGAGCCUGCUACAAAUAAAAGUCGAGGAGGAGCGACGCAAGGAAAGCCAAAGCAAGUUCCAAAACUCUUUGACCGACGUCCAGAAAUCUUUAGCCAAGAACAACGAGGAAAACAUCAAGCUGCGCGAUUACAACAUCGAAAUGACCAAGAAGUUAAAACUGCUGGCCGAGCAAUACCAAACGAGGGAGCAACACUUGGAGAAGCUCAAUGAGCAGGUUCAGCUUGAGGCCCAGUUGCAUCAGGCCAAGCUGCAAAAAUGCCAGGUGGAAGCCGCCAUGGAAAAGGAGAUACUCAACAAGGAAAACAAAAUUGGUCUGGAGAAACUGCUGCAAGCGCAACGUGCCAUUAAGGAUCUCACCGAUCGAGAACAUCAGCUAAAAGAGCAGCUGAACAUCUACACGGCAAAGUACGAUGACUUUCAACAGUCGCUGCAAAAAUCCAACGAGGUAUUUGGCAGCUACAAAGUAGAACUGGAGAAGAUGUCGAAGCACACAAAAAAAAUCGAGAAGGAGGCGCUGGGAUGGCGGCAGAAGUACGAGAAGGCAAAUGCCACGGUGAUUGAUUUGGCUACCGAGAAGAACCUGCAGGCGCAGCAUUCAGAGCGGCUGCAGAAGCAAAUACAGCAGCUGCAGAAGCUAUUGCGUGCUCUCCAGCAGGAGCGGACCACUUUGCACAAGUGCCUGCGGGAUAACGAGAUUGAAAUUCCUGCCUUGCCGCAAUUGCCGCCCGAACCAGAGCCAGUGAAUGUGAAGGCUGUGAAUUCGGAUAAUGUUAAAAUGGAGAUGAUGACUCGCAAUUGUGCGGAACUGAAGCAAACGCUGGCCAAUCUGCAGAGCCAAAUGAAGCUGCUAACGGCCAGCGAAUCGAAGACAGCAGCGGACGAGAAGAGCAAGGCCGAGGAGCAGAGGCAGGCAAACAACGCGAAGAAGAAUAUUCGCAAGAAGGAGAAAAAGUCCAAGGCAAAGGCAGCCGCAGCAGCAGCGGCAGCAGCAGCCGCUUCCACAUCGAACGAAGAGCUUAACGGCGACCAGGAACCUGCGACUACGGAAUCCAAUGUCGAACUACAGGCAGCGGGCGAUGCCUCAAAUGUUAAAGACAGCCAGGAGCAAACUGUUGAGCCUGUCACAAGCUCGCAGGAGAUCGUAGGUGAUGGCGACGCCUCCAACGCCAAGUCACCCUCUAAUAUAUCCGAAGUGCCUGCCUUAAUCGAUGCCAAUGCAGACUAAAUUAUUGACUGUUCGCCUGUACUCACACCCAAAUCACGGACGGCCACGUAGCCUUCUCUUUAAAAGCAUUUUGUGUCAUUCAUGUCUCAACUAAAGAAAUGUCAUCAAUCACAAGCCAACAUGGUCGGAUUUUUGUACUAGUUAUUUAUUGUACUUUGUAUAUUGUAUUUAUUUAAAGGAAUGUGAACGGUGAUCGUUCAUUGCUGUUCAACAACAAAUUGAGUAAAACGUGUUUCCUGCAAACAAA